GGGAUUGACAGGUACCUAGUUCUCCCCAUUAGGCACGCAGGAAAGACAGACGAUUAUUCGUAUGAGAGAUUCCUUAUCUCUGACUUGUAUCCAAGUCUAAACACGAGGGAAGUGGGUAAGGAGGAAAGGAGAAGGAGAAGGAGACAGAGGAGGGGGAAACGGGAGAGAAGGGGAAGAGCGUGUGCCAUGAGAACGAAGAGUGUGGUGACCUACGUUCAUCACGGUGUGACCGGGACGUCGUUCAUCAAGCUGCUGGAAGAUCACCGGGGGCAAGGACUGAACCCGGGAGAGGUGACAUUCAACAAGGGUGAAGUUUGGAUCGAUGGAUGGCGAAAAAUUAGAACCAGGUAUGGAGGAACUACACUGGAAGUCGCGGCCGAGAUCAAGAAGCUGAAGGAAUCUAAAUCGCAGCUUGAGAAAGGGGCUAAGGUGGUGCUCAUCAAGAUAGUAAAGGAGAAGACAACCACGGAGAAAAACAGGAUCUUUCUGCGAGAAUUACUGCGAAGACCGAAGCCAAUGACCUGCCUGACGCGACGGACCACAAAUAAGCUUAUUGGAUUGUAUCGUGUGGCGGGCUUAUUUAUGGAAAAGAAGACCAAGACCUCACUACGACGGAAGAUUGACAUCGCCAUAAGACGAAAGAUCGGAGUGAGCAUCAGGAAGCGCAUCAUAGUAAAUCUCAAAUAUGAUGCGCUCAUCAAGAGGAGCAGUAUGCGAAAGGCGACUGAAGAUCUGAUCAGCAACAAGAUCGGUGACAGAGCGAUAGCCACAUUUGUAAAGACCAAGAUCAGGCUGGUCUGGAGUACAAACAAGACUUUCAGCGAGCUGCUGCAUAACCAGAAGAAAUACGCAACGGAGGUGGAGCGGAUCUGCAACUGUACGGGUAGCAACCUACCAAAGGUGGAGGGACAUGUGAAGACAAGAUUCGCGGACCUGAAGGAUAUACCGAGCUUUGUCAGGAACGCGGUGAACGUGACAAGAUCAGAUGGAGCGGUGGACAUACGGACACUGGAGCAGGCGAUCCUGGCUGCUACGAAGCACUUGAGAGGACCGGAGAUACCGGUGGUUCUACCGAAGGACACAGUACGCAAGGAAGCGAGACGAAGCCCAGCGUGGACAGAGAAUGAAGUGCACAACUGGAGAAGGAUGUUUGAAGGAUUCGUGCUCACACCGAUAGACCGUAACCAGGGGGAUACCGCAGUCAUCUGCCCGGUUCUAUACCGCCACGCUUUUGGAAAGGUAUUCCUCUGGAACGAGAACUACAAAGCCGUCGGCGAUCCGAACUCGGAAGUAGAACUGCUGCGGAAGUGCAGAGAGGACUUCACGAACCUGAAGCUGGACAGGAUCGGAGGAUGGAAACCAGAUGGGAGGCUCGGGACCGCCUAUGUGAUACCGAAGCACAAAGACCUGGAUAGAUGGAGGCCCAUAGCACCGGCACCAUCUGAUCCAAGAGCACUCGCACAAUGGCGAGUAGCGAGGGCAUUACACUGUCUCCUUGUGAGGAUGCCGGUGACAAGCUCCUUUUAUCUUAACUCGGUGGCUGAACUCGGCGGACGGAUGGAAGCAGCUGCGCUUAGACUGCAGAACGAGGACUGUACGGAAGUAGCAGGACGAUGCUACGACAUAAAGGAGAUGUUCUCCAGGAUUCCGCAUGAGGCUGUGCUACAAGCGGUCACCCGGAUGCUCCGGAAGUACGAAGAUGAGGGAUGGCAGGCGGUGAAAGUGUCAUACAGGGGCAAGUUGUGUGUUCUAAGUAAGACAAGACGGAAGACCGAUGGGUAUGUAUCCAUCAAGCUGAAGGAACUGCUGGUGGGGGUGCGGUUCGACCUGUUGAAUUCAGUGGUGAGAUGUGGGAACAGGAUAUACAGGCAGCGGUUCGGGAUUCCGAAGAGGAAAACAACGAGCCCAAUACUGGCUUCGAUUACAUUUGCUAUGGCCGAAAUGCAGUUCCUCGGCUCCCCGGGAAGGGACCGCUGUCUUGUAUUUGGCUGGCGAAUCAUGGACGACAUCUCAAUCGUGGUGGGGCAGACCCGGAGAACCCAAGCGAAGACUGUGUUUGAAAUCUUCGAACACCUAUAUAACAAGCAGCUCGAGGUUGUCAGGAAAGACGAUUGCGGUCUGACGUGCUCGUUCGUAGGAGGAUCGGUGUUCCUGCGUAAUGAUCCUAUCGAGUUUCACUACGUGCCGCAUACAAAGAACACGGAAUCACUUACAGAAGGAAGAGGACUGGAAUUCCAAACAAUGCAGGACUAUGCCUCUUAUUCCGAUAAGAGGGUGAAGAAAGUAGUCCUGAUAACUACGAUGAACAGACUGUGGGAACAAACGACUAGCAAGCCAUUGGUGAUAGGCGCAAUUGCGUUUGCUAUGGUUGUAGCCCCGGAGGUCUCUCUCGGUGCUCUGGCCCGUUUGGCCAAAGCUGCGGCGGACCCAAGGGUUGGGAAAAUGUGGCAGCUACUCGAUACGGCGAUGAGAUGGGGGAAGGGAGGAACCUAGUCCAGAUACCAUAUAGUGGCACAAGCAGAAGGACUUGGCACUUAGAAUAGAAAUCC